AAGAUGGCAGCAGAGCGCAGAGCGCGCACCCGCACAGGGCCAAUUCGGCCGCGCUGACGUCAGCGAGACGUAAAGUGUGCAGCUCGCGGCCUGCUCGUUCUUUUCCCUCUCCCGUGCUGUCGGAAGCGGUUCGGCCUGCGCCCCGGUCUCUGGAAGAAUCUCCACCGAAGCAGCAAAAUGAUCAUCUACAAGUGUAUCAUCAGCGGUGAUGAGAUGUUCAGUGACAUCUACAAGAUCACUGAAAGUGAGGAUGGAAUCCUCUAUCAUGUUGAAGGACAUAUGGUGGCCAACAGGACGGAAAAAAUUGAUGAGAGUCUGUUCGGAGCCAACGCUUCUGCUGAGGAAGCCCCCGAUGUCAACGAGGAGAGCAGCGUCUCUGGUGUGGACAUCGUCCUCAACCACAAACUGCAGUCGACGUCCUUCGACAAAAAAUCCUACUUAGCUUACAUUAAGGGCUACAGCAAGUUUAUUAAGGAUAAGCUGAAGGAGACAAAUCCAGAUCGGGCCGCCGUCUUCGAGGCAGGAGCUCCCGCCGCAGUCAAGGCAAUAGUGGGAAACAUAAAGAACUAUGACUUUUACACAGGAGAGUCCAUGAAUCCAGAUGGCUCCCUGGGUCUGCUUGACUACAAAGAGGAUGGGCUCACACCGUUCAUGAUUUUCUUCAAGGACGGUCUGGAGAUCGAGAAAUGCUAACUUCCUGGAAUGACAUCCGCCUUUCACCCGACUGCUGCUUCUCCAAAGGCCCAGAAAAGCAGACUGUAAGGAGCUCGACUUCAUCAAGCCUGAACGGACACAUUCUCACCCAACUCCCAAUACAUUGGCACACGCUUCCAAAGCUGGGGGACUCAAACAUGACUGGCCACUGAAUACAGUUUUUAACUUUUUUUCUUUUUGGCUUUGAUUUUCUUGUGUUGCCCCCACCCCCCUCUCAAGAUUGGCUCGGUUUAUGUCAUUAAAACUAAACGGCAGGACAGUGAGAGAAACUCAUGAGCGAACGUUUCCUCCCACCGAUAUAGCAUUGCUCUGUACUGGUUGGCAUCCCAAAAUCUCUUCAUGUUUGAGUUUAUUAAACAAGAUUCCAUCAACA